GUUACCGCUUCCGUCGUCAUCACUUUCCCCCGAAAAUGAAUCUUGAUGCUCAGAUGUAAACAUGUCGGAGGCAGAGACGGGCGAAUGUUUACGGGAUGUUUCGGUGAGUUUAGCCGAGUCCCAGCAGGUUAACUCGGGGCUGCUGACCCUCGCCACGGCGUGCGGAGGACUAUGUGGAAUAUUAGCUGCCGCCCUUUUCUACGUCUUCUGCCUGAAGUCUCUCAUUUUGACGCGACAAGGUCUCAAUGCCAGGAGGCUCCUGGAGCCCGAGGAUGGAGACGUGGACAACAUGAACAGCCAUCGUGGCAGCAACAGCAGGAAGGAACCUUCCAUUACGAAUGAAAAAAGAAAGCAGGCACCUGUAAGUAGUGACGUGGCAGCAUUUGCAUCCAAAGCAAAAGUGGUGUACCCCAUCAACCAAAAAUACAGACCUUUAGCAGACGGCGCCUCCAACCCUUCACUACACGAGUGCUCCAAGUUAGCAACAACGCCAAAGGAGGACUCGCCCUCAUCCUCCACAGACGAGGAGUCCCUGAGCCAAGAACUGGACAAUGACGACAGCAGCCAGUUCAUCUCUUCCUCAUCGGUACCCAAGAGCCUCCAGAACCAGAGCUUCGUCAGGGUGUCCCACUACCCCGACACUCUGACGCAAACAGGCUUCGAAGCUCGGAUUAACCUCCACUGUUUGGCCCUGCGAGAUGUGCAACAGCUUCACUCUCAACUUCAGGAGGAAAAAUAUAUUAUAUACCUUCAAAUGGUGAAAAGGAUAUUUUGCAGCCGUUUUCCAAAAGACAAAAAUGACGCAGAUUUCUCUAAGCAAAUUCUUCAAAUGCAGCAAAAGGGAGUGGAGGAGUUGAGGAAACAGCGGCCAUGCGGCUGCGCCCCAAGUGAUGACAAUGCCGACGCUUCUUGUACUUUCGAGGAAAUAGAGAGAGCGCAAAAAGAUUUUCUGGAACGCAACCUUCAAAUGUCCAAAGAUUUGACCAAUUGUGUGGAAGAGCUCUGUCAGCAUGUGAUGAAGAAGACCAGCAGCUUCACGGUGAAUGAAGCCCGUGACGCUACUGCCUCUCUCAGCGAUGCUCUUCUGUCAUUGGAGAAUCAUCUCAUGAAAGUACAAGAGGGAGAACUCAAGCGGAUCCACCAGAAGUUGUCGUGGUGGGAGGAGCUUACAGGGCUCCUCCAAUCCCAGCCGGCCUUGCUACAACAGGAAGUGUUUCUGAGGCAGGGUUUGGUGGCGACGACAUUGGAGCAGAUGACCAGCGAGGACGUUUUGACCUUCAGCCGCAUGGAGGCAGUACUUACAGAGGUGCAGCACGCACUUUCAGAGGGCCUUCAACAGUGCAGAGAGGAUUUCGCAAGCAAAACAAAAGAGUUGGUCAGGGAAAAGUGCAGCAAAAUGGAGGCCAAGCGAAAGAAGCUUUGCAGAAACCAAGCCAAGGAGAGGAGUCACGCACUGGAGCUGAGACAGACUCAGGGUGACCCACAGCAGCUGUCAAAGGAGUACCAGGAUCUCCUGUUGAAACAAAGGCAGAAGCUCUGUGACUUGGAUCUGCAGCAGGACGAGCGUAUGGCCGACAACCUCUGUAACCUUUGGACCAAACUGCGCUCCAGCUGGUCAAAAAGGCUCGGCGAGAAAGCCAAGGACAUCUUUUGCACAUCUCUUCUCGCUCAGUCCCAAGGGUCCGCCGAACACUGUGAGACGCUGUGGCUGGAUGUGGAGCAUCAGCUGGCUGCAGAGAGGGAGCAGUUGGAGAGGACCACCAAAUCGCAACUGGAUCAAAUGCAGGCUCAGCUGGAUAAGGAGCGACAGGUAUGGACCGAAUCAAUGGCUCUCAUGCAUGCCAGCCUCAAACGUCUGAGUAACCAGCAGAUGAAGAUUCUACGGACCAUGGUGGUCAGACAGAGCUACACACUUAAAAGCCAAGUGGGGACGCUGCUGGAGAAAAAACAUGAGCACCUGCUGGUGUCCGUGCGGCGCCACUUCAUAGCCCGACACUUCUGCCUGCAAGUGCUCAAAGAGAUGAGGCUGGCCAAGCUGAAGGUUCUCUCUCGGACUGACUUCGGAGCUCUGCUGACGCAGGACCCUGCCACGGUCCAGUCCUGUGUCCACUCCACUCUCAAGAGCAGCAGUGUGAGCCUAGCAGAGAGGCAUCUGGGCCCCGAGAGCCAAUUGGUGACCCACAGUUUCCAGCAAGAGUUUUUGUCAGAGCUAGAAACUGGGACUGAGCUUUUUCAGAACCAUGCACAGCUGCUACUCGGUAACGCUCUGAGCCACGCCAUCCUAGAGCAGAUGGAAGGCCAGGCCUCAGACUCACAAAGCAGCUCCAGGAAGGGUGACGGCUUGAAGCACCAUCUCAUGGAGGCUGCAUCUGAAAGUGUGUACAUGACCAGAGAUUCUCUUGCCGCCCUCGUCCAGAGCUACUAUUCUCGUAUUCAGGAUGUCGCCAAGAAACUGCUUACACAGCAGCCCAACAGAAACCUUGACUCGGCUGAGCAGAACCCCAGCAGCAGUCUGCUGAGAGAGCUGGAGAACUGGGCAAGGAAACCCACCUCUGCUAAGUUCCAACAGAGAGUGGAGCUCCACAAAAGGAAGGAGUUAGAGCAGUGUGAUCUGAAAGCGGAGGUGGUGUGCCAGGAACUGAGACGGAGAAAAGUAGCCCAGGAUCAAAGCUUGGAAUGGACCAAUGGACAGCUCCGGGAGGCAGAAAGAAGCUUCAUAAGUGAUCUGGCAGCCUUGGCGCGGGUUUCUCUCCACAGUCCAGACUCCGACUCAGAACCAGAACCCAGCCAUGAAGACCACAUGACAGGUAAUCACACCUUUCAUACCAGUAGACAUGCUGGUUCCAGUAACCUCAUCAUUUCAACAGGGGAGGGGAAUACCUCGCUCAUGGACCUUCUUGCCAGGAACCCAGCCCUAGAUCCAGCCUUGAAUCCAUCGCUGACCCCAACGGUCGUCGCCCCGCUCAUCAAACCAGUAAAGAAGAAGGAAAAAGAGCGCAAGUCUCAUCUCAGUUGACACCAGAUCCACAGCGAUAGUUUUGUCACUUUUGUCGUACUGUAAAUGCUCCAAAGACCACAGUCUCCUACAGUCCACAGGCACGCGGUCUACAAAAGCCAUUAGCCAUCUCUCAAGGACUUUAAUCAACAAAAACAUUAACAGCUGUGGCUCCUGGUGUCAUUUGGCAUUAGAAGUACCGUAUUAUUCGGACUAUAAGUCGCAGUUUUUUACAUAGUUUGGCCGGGGGUGCAAACCAACCGGCGGUAUAGCUCGGUUGGUAGAGUGGCCGUGCCAGCAACUUGGGGGUUGCAGGUUCGAUUCCCGCUGCCGUCAUCCUAGUCACUGCCGUUGUGUCCUUGGGCAAGACACUUUACCCACCUGCUCCCAGUGCCACCCACACUGGUUUAAAUGUAACUUAGAUAUUGGGUUUCACUAUGUAAAGCGCUUUGAGUCACUGGAGAAAAGCGCUAUAUAAAUAUAAUUCACUUCACUUAUACUCAGGAGCGACUUAUGUGUGAAAUUAUUAACACAUUACCGUAAAAUAUCAAAUAAUAUUAUUUAGCUCAUUCACGUAAGAGACUAGACCAGGGCUGUCAAACUCAUUUUAGAGUGGGGUGGCAUAGCUCGGUUGGUAGAGUGGCCGUGCCAGCAACUUGAGGGUUGCAGGUUCGAUUCCCGCUUCUGCCAUCCUAGUCACUGCCGUUGUGUCCUUGGGCAAGACACUUUACCCACCUGCUCCCAGUGCCACCCACACUGGUUUAAAUGUAACUUAGAUAUCGGGUGUCACCAUGUAAAGCGCUUUGAGUCACUUGAGAAAAGCGCUAUAUAAAAUAUAAUUCACUUCACUAGAUCAGGGGCCACAUGGGGAAAAAUGUACUCCCAAGUGGGCCGGACUGGUGAAAUCCCUGCACGAUAACUUAAAAAUAAAGACACCUUCAGAUUGUUUUCUGUGCUUGAAAAUAGAAGCACAUUCUGAAAAUGUACAAAUCAUAAUGUUGUUUUUUUUUUACACUUGCAUGUUGCGGUUAAAUAUAUUCUAUCUUUAUAUGUUGUUUUUUAUAUUUUCUGAAUGAACAGCGACUCUCUGUCGGAGUAUCAGCGCUGGGGUCCGGUGCACCACAGUCUCGUAUUGUCGCUCGGUCCUUCGGCGGAGUGCUUCGGAAGCUACCGGGUCACUCGUCUCCUCGGCCUGGAUUGUUUACAGCGGCGGGAGGGAGGGAGGGAGUGAGAGAGAGAGAGAGAGCAGGCGGGCGAGCGAGCGAGGGAAGAAGAGCGGGUGCGGGUCUAGUGGAAAAGGGGCAAAACGUUUCCCUGCUUGCAUCCCGCAAGUGAGCCAUAUACCACACCGUGAUUGGUAGAUUCCUUCAGCUCCGCACACAACGCUGUCAAGUUAAAGUUAAAGUAGCAAUGAUUGUCACACACACACUAGGUGCGGUGAAAUUUGUCCUCUGCAUUUCACCCAUCCCCUUGAUCACCCCCUGUGAAGUGAGGGGAGCAGUGGUGCCGCGCCCGGGAAUCAUUUAUGGUGAUUUAACCCCCAAUUCCAACCCUUGAUGCUGAGUGCCAAGCAGGGAGGCAAUGGGUCCCUUUUUUUUUUAUAGUCUUUGGUAUGACUCGGCCGGGGUUUGAACUUUCAACCUACCGAUCUCAGGGCGGACACUCUAACCAAGCGCCAUUCAUAUAAAACUUGCGGGGCCGCACUAACAUUAAACUUUCAUAUUAAGGUGGGGGCCGCAAAAUAACCUCUCGCGGGCCGCAAUUGGCCCGCGGGCCGCGUGUUUGAGACCCCUGUCCGAGCCGAACCCCUAACAACUGUCACAUUUAGCGCCCAACCUGGCUGGACCACUGGAGGCGGUAAAUCGCCUACGGGCUCUCGUAGGCGCACUCGUCGGCCUCGCAGCAAGCAGCCGACAACAAUGUUUCCUGCAGGUUUGGCGGACGAGACGGGGGGGUGGCGGCGGCGGCGGCGAAUGGCCCCCCGAUGUUGUUAAAGAGGUAGAAGAAGAAGUUAAAGUUGUGGAAUUUAUUAAAGAAGUUGAUGUUGGUGAAGAAGAAGGAAAUGACAAAGAAGAGGAAGAAAAAGAACAGGUGGAAAAGGAGGAGAAGACUGGGGGCACAGGUGGUCGUGGCCCUCUUCACUUCCCGCUCCCUCAGAAGGGGGGGGGAGUAGGCUCAGCCAGUCGGAGUCCCGGCUUGUGUCUGGCUUGGGUGGCGUGGCCUGCAGACCGGCAGCGAGGCAGGGCACGCCGGACCCGACCCCGUGAUGUCGGCAAGGAGGCGUAGCCGGUGGGAUCGACGCCGAGAUAAAUGUCAAGUGCAUGGAUCGCCCACAAUUAUAUAAAUUCUUUUUUUUUUUUUUUUUUUCUCUUUGUCAUGAAAAAGGGACGUUUUCGUCAUGAAAAAUUGAGGUUUUUGUGGUUGGUGCACUAAUUGUAAGUGUAUAUUGUGUUUUUUUAUGUUGAUUUGAUAAAAAUAAAAAAUAAAAUUGUUUUUUUUAAAUAAAAAUUAAUAAAAAAUUAUUCUGCGGCCCAGUACCAAUUGGGCCACAGCCCGGUGGUUGGGGACCACUGCUCUAGGGCAGUGGUCCCCAACCUUUUUGUAUCCGCGGACCGGUCAACGCUUCAAAAUUUGUCCCGCGGCCUGGGGGGUGUCCUUAUUUUUUUAUUUUUUUAUUUUUUUUCUUUGUCAUGAAAAAGGGAGGUUUUUGUGGUUGGUGCACUAAUUGUAAGUGUAUAUUGUGUUAUUAAUGUUGAUUUAAUUAAAAAAAUAUAUAUAUUUUU